UGGGCUGAUCGGCCACUCCUGGGCCAUGAUUUUCAUCAGUGGAGGCUACAGUGUGAAGCUGUACGACAACCGUCCAGGACAAGCAGCUGCAGCCAUUGCAGAGAUCAGGAAGCAGCUGGAGGAGCUGGAGAAGAGCAACAUGCUGAGAGGAGAGCUGAGCACCAAGCAGCAGCUUGCUCUGCUCAGCAGUUCUGAGGACUUGGCUCAGGCGCUGGACGGAGCUUUUUUUGUCCAGGAGUGCGUGUUCGAGCAGCUGGAAGUCAAGCAGCACGUCUUUCAGGACGUGGAGCGCCUUGUGGGUGAAGAGGUCAUCCUGAGCAGCUCCACUUCCUGCCUGGUGCCGAGCAGCGUUUUCUCCAAAGUUCAGAACAGAAGUCGCUGCCUUGUUUCUCAUCCGGUAAACCCACCUUAUUGUGUCAAACUGGUGGAGCUGGUACCUCACCCAGAGACAGCAGCCGUAGUUAUGGACACUGCCUUCUCAUUGAUGACUGAGGUCGGCCAGGUGCCAAUCCGACUGAGAAAAGAGAUUGAUGGCUUUGCUAUCAACAGAGUCCAGGCUGCCAUCACUGCAGAGUCUUGGAGGCUGGUCCAGGACGGCAUUAUCUCAGUGAAGGAUAUUGAUCUGGUGAUGUCAGAGGGACUGGGAAUGCGUUACGCAUUUAUAGGCCCCAUGGAAACAAUGCACCUGAAUGCAGCCGAAGGUUUGGAAGACUACAUGAAGCGUUAUGGCGAGGGUAUAACCCGGCUCCUGACUUCCUUUGGGCCAGUACCUGACUUUUUUGGAGAAGCCGCCAAAAACAUCAUUAAGGAAAUGUGUGAGCUGAUUCCCAGUGACCAGCAGCAUCUGUCAAGCAGGAGAGAGAGGAGAGACCAGCUCCUCAUGGGUCUGGCCAAACUGAAGAAGGACCACUGCGAUCAGCACAAUCACUGAAGCCUGAAAAAUGAAAUGAUAAAACUUUUAAACCUUUUAAUCCGUUGUUCYCAGUCUGACAGAUAACUUGGGUUGUUUGUAGAGACAGGACUGAAACAAUAAAUAGGAAAUGAGAAUAAUUGCUAAAUGAUCACAAAUAUUUCUCUUUUCACUUUAUGGCCAUUUUUAUCAACAAAAUUAACUGUGGACAGCUACACAACCAGAAGCCGAUUCUUCAGACUUUUCUCAUUUUUCAAAUUAUUUUUUUAAAGCUUGAUUAAAUUCAGCAAAAAAURUAAAAACAUAAAUAAUUGUUUUGAUCAAUAAAACAAUAUGAUGUCUUACAGCCUCUGUUUUGUCACCUGAGUCAAAUAAAAUAAGUUUUAUUGCCUCAUUCCA